GAUAUCAGCUAUGAUAAUGAUAUAUUUUUUAUUUACGUAUAUAUUAUAAUUGUUUGCAUUAUAAAUUGACGUUGAUAUAAAUAUUCAACAUUUGUCAAGUGAUACUAUGUCCAUGGUCAAAAUAUAUGAAGUCUAGUAGGUCUAACAAUAAAAAUUAUGAGUCUAGGAAGAAUAUUUAGUAAUUUGACUAGACAAAGUGUUUUUUUUAACAAAUAUCGUUUAAUAUCAUGUUGGUCAUGUGGUAAAGAUCAAACUAGUCUCAUAACGAACUUAUUCUGUUCGAACUGCAAGGCUCUACAAAAUCCCGAUGAUAAGGAUAAUUAUUUUAAACUAAUGGGAAUAAAUGAAACAUAUGAUUUAGAUGAAACCGAUUUGGCGAAAAGAUACAAAGAACUACAAAAAUAUUUACAUCCAGACAAAUAUGCUAAUAGGGAUCAAAAAGAACAAGAAAUAUCAGAAAAAUAUUCAUCGUUAGUUAAUGAAGCCUAUAAGACAUUGUUAGAACCAUUAUCGAGAGGUAUUUAUAUGUUACGCCUAAGAGGGAAGGAAAUACCUGAAAGCACAGAACUUGAUAGGGAAUUUUUAAUGAAGAUCAUGGAAAAAAAUGAAGAAGUUGAAAAUGCUGAAACAGAAAAUGAAAUUAUGAAAUUAAAUAAAGAGAAUAAAGCCAUUAUAAAAGAUCUGCAGAAAAGAGUCUCAACUGCAUUUUUUGAUGGUGAUUUAAAAAGAGUAGUGAAACUGCUUGGAGAAAUGAAAUAUUACACCAGUAUUGAUAACCAGAUAGAAGCUUCUAUAAGAAACAAAGGGAUAAUAAGAUAAAAUCAAAACUUAUAUUAAAUCAAUUUUGUUACUGUUAAUGUACAUGAAUACUAUAAAUAUUAAAAUUUAUUCUGUUA